AUGCAGAUUUUCAAUUAUCUUUGCAGAAAUGUUCCCGGCUCAUUGAGUAAGUUUUUUUAAUUAUUUUUAUGAGGAGAUUUUCGGGAGAUUGAAAGUAAAGGUUACUAGUAAUUUUGUUUCACAGAAUCUAGAAAAGGUUUUUCUGACAAAGUUUUUGUAAAAUUCGAUAAUUCGGGAAAAGUCACCCCAAAAUAAUAAUUGCUCGUGGUUUUCUACAUAGAAAGACAUGAACCAAGGUUGAUUUUUAUCUCCUGAUAUAAUCUGGGAAUUCCUGAAAAAUCCGUCUUUAUCGAGCAGUAUUUCGAAUAAUUGCAUCAUUUUUCAGAAACUCUUUCAUUAUGCGAGAGACAAAUGCAACAAGUUGCUUUGCAACAAUCGAGACAUCUCGCAGUACCAGGAGGAAAAGCAGUUUUCAAAAGAGAUAAACCACAUUUGAACGUCGGAACAAUUGGGCACGUCGAUCACGGAAAAACAACCCUAACUUCAGCUAUCACAAAAGUCCUCUCAGCUACAAAAGGAGCUAAAUAUCGUAAAUACGAAGAUAUCGAUAAUGCACCAGAAGAAAAAACUAGAGGAAUUACAAUUAACGCUUUCCACUUGGAAUAUGAAACUGCUACCAGACAUUAUGCUCAUAUCGAUUGUCCAGGACACGCUGAUUAUAUUAAAAAUAUGAUCACCGGAGCUGCGCAAAUGGAAGGAGCAAUUCUUGUUGUUGCUGCAAAUGAUGGACCAAUGCCACAAACUAAAGAACAUUUAUUGUUGGCUAAACAAGUCGGUGUUCCUCCAGAUAAUAUUGUUGUUUUUAUGAACAAGGCUGAUGAAGCGACUGAUGUUGAAACUCGUGAAUUGCUUGAGAUGGAUGUUAGAGAACUUUUGAAUUCUUUCGGAUAUCCAGGAGACACUUGUCCAGUUAUUUUCGGAUCAGCUUUAUGCGCCUUGGAAGAUAAACAACCAGAAAUUGGAGUUGAAGCCAUUAAACAACUUUUAGAUGUCUUGGACAAUAAAUUCGUUUUGCCAGAAAGAAAAACUAAUGAAGAAGCAAUGUUUGCCGCAGAGCAUGUUUACUCGAUAGUUGGAAGAGGAACAGUUAUCACUGGAAAAUUGGAACGAGGAGUUUUGAAGAGAGGAGAUAAGAUUGAAGUUAUUGGAGCUACUAAAGACGGAAAACCAGUUGAAUCAACAAUUUCUGGAUUGGAAUCUUUCAGAAAAACAGUUGAUCGAGCUGAACCAGGAGAUCAAUUAGGUGUUUUGCUUAGAGGACUUGGACCAAAAGAUGUGAAAAGAGGAUGUGUUUUAUUGCCAAAAGGACAUAAACACGUUGCGACUGAUGCUGUUAAAGCUCAACUUUAUGUUUUGAAAGAGAGCGAAGAGGGUGGAAAAACACCAAUUGCCAACUAUUUCAGUGAACAUGUAUUCUCUUUGACUUGGGAUUCAGGAGCGCUUGUUAAAAUUGUUGGAAAAGAUUUCAUUAUGCCAGGAGAAUCGGCUGAGUUAGUUGGAUUUAUUUUGAGAAAUAAAUCUAAAUUUUAAUUUGAAAUUUUUUCAGAGUUGAAUUGCAAUUGAAUCAAAGAAUGUUCAUCGAACCACAACAACGAUUCACGAUUAGAAAAGGAUCAAAAACUAUUGGAACUGGAGUUUUCACCGAAUUGUUGAAGCCAUUGAGCGAUCAAGAAAAGGUUGGAGCUUGUUGGAAUUUUGAAAUCGGCAAUAAUCUGAAUAAUCCGAGUUAUAGAACUAUAAAAUCUAUCAAAACUUUCGAAAAAAGUUGAUCGAUUUUGGAGCUUUAUAGUUUAGUUAAAGGAUGUUUCAGCCGUUUGCGAGAAAUCUCUUUUCAAAACUGAAUAAAUUACAAAUUUUCCAUUUUUCAGGAUCCAAAAUCUCGCAAGAAGUUGAUGAAAGCUGAAAUGGAACGUUUGGGCUUCAAUCCAUACGGAGAAUUGGCUGAAAAACGUCUGAAACCGGAUUUCUCGAACUCACCAAAAGACAACCCGGCUGCUAAAGCUUUCGAAGAGAAACAAUAA